AUGGACCAAUCCGACAUCCCCGCGCUUCUGGCGCGCCUUGCGUCCGACGAGGAUGCCUCUCGCAAGAUGGCCGUCUUCAAGCUGCAGUCGUCUAUCAACGAUCCCGCCUUCGCUGACGUCUUCAUCUCCUCCGGCGGCCUAGCCCUUCUGCGUCGUCUGAUCAUGACCACGUCCGGCAACACCCUCGCUUACUCGCUGCAGAGCCUGACCCGUCUGCUCGAGGUCGACAUGGGCUGGGAGAUCUUCGAGGGUGCCGGGUCGGGCGAGCUUGUCGAGCGGGUCGUCGAACUCAUCGUCACUAACCCGCUGGUCAACAUCCUUCGCGGUGCCAUGUCCAUCCUCGUCUCCCUCGUCAGCAGAUCCCAGUCUGUGCCGCCACCGCCGGCUCCGCCGCCUGUGUUUCCCUCUGACCCGGCUGGGAAUGGCUCGCGGAUUGCCCCGUCGGCUGGUGCUAUCCGCACCCCUGGUACAUACGGCUUCCGUGCGCUCAAGCCUGCCGUCGCGGUCUACCCGCAGUUCUUUGAACUGGUCAUCCAGCAGCUGCAGAGCGCCGACCAUGCGCUGUGCGCAAAUGCUUUGAUGCUGGUCAAUGCUCUGAUACGCGACGCUGUGUCAGGCGACGGAGGCUAUGGGGGAACCACCAACAACGUGGCAGGUGCACAUGGAGGCAAGGCCCCCGGCGGUAGCAGCAGCACAGGUGAAGAAUGGAGCAAGUUCAUCAAGAAGUUGCAGGACCUAGGGCUGAUUCGCGCGGUGUACAAUCUGCUGCAGAGCUCAGCUCUCCAGGACCUGGCUGCGCCGCUGCUGGAGUUUCAGAACCUUACUAAGAUCCUACUGCGGAAGUGGAGGGAGGUCAGGGUUGAUUUGGAGAGGCCUGAGCAUAGACGGGCGCUGAAGGGUCUCCAUCUGGCUAGUGCGCCGGAUAGGAGGCAUGCGAACGGCGUUGUGGCUUCCUUGACUACCACACCGACUACGUCGAAUACGACGCUUGCGCCGCCUCCUACUUCUGCCGGGGAGGAUGAUGCGACGAAAAAGAGCAGCAGGAGGCAUAAUCCCGAGAAGUGGCGUCGGCUGGGGUUCGAGACGGAGUCGCCUGCAUCGGAGUUCGAGACGGCCGGGUUCCUGGGCAUGAUGGAUUUGACCGACUUUGUGAGGAAAAACGAGGAUGGGUUUCAGAAGUUGCUGUUGGAGCAGUCUACACGCCCAUUGAACGAGCGGUGUCCGAUCGCGAGAGCCAGUCUGGCAGUUACCAUGAUUUUGUACGAGCAUUUCGAAGUCGACAAGCCCGAACCGGAGGAUAUCCGCGGAUUCCUAGCCCUCAGCGACCCCAAGUCCUACGACAAAUUGUUCCGCCCGCUGCUGCUGCAAUGGUCACGGCUGCACACGGCUGGCCUACAAGCAUUCUUCCGCCUAUGGAAAGCAACCAACGCGACGCGCGACGACUUCGACAAGGUCGCCGACCUCGUCCGCGUGUUGAUUGAGCAGGUCGUCGGGCAAGCCAGUCGCACAAAGGACGUGCUCGAAGUCGAAGACGAGCUGCAAGAGUACGACGCGCCGCGGUUGCGGCAGCUGCAGAUGGAAAUGCUUGAGAACGCCUUCGAGGACCAGUGGGGUCCGCACCUGUACCAGGUGCGCGAGGAGCUCAAGCACGAGGCGCUCCAGUUUGUCAAGGAGCAGCGCAUACGGUGCCUGCUGCAAGGUAGCUGGUUUACGAAACCACAGCCGCCAGCGCGCGCCACAGACGGCAACAAUGGGCAGCAGAAGAGGCGGCUGUACCAGCCGUGGCGAUUCGCAAAGUUAUCACAUAAUCGCCGGUAUCUGCACUAUGCCGAUUUCCCCGAGAAACUGCCAUAUGAUCCUGGCUUGGAUGUGCUCACGGAGAAGAUCGAUCUGGGGACUAUAAGUAGUGUUGUAUCCAACGUUUCUGCUCCGGGCUCCGAGCCGGAUGUCGAUGUUAACGGCGUCGAGUCUGUCGCGAGCACGCGCCGUUCCGACGGCACCAUGUCCAUCAAGCCGACGACCAAGAUCACCAUCUACAGCUUCGUCGACCCAUCCAAUCCCUCCUCGACUGACGGCGCUGCCAACGGAGAUGUUGUCGCGACAGGUGGAAAGGAGCAUCCCGUGCUCACGCUCUACCCGACCAGCCAUAGUCUGGCGUCGGAGUGGCUUGACGGGCUGCUCAUGCUUUUGAACCAGGCGCCCAUCACGGCCGAGACGAAUAAGUUGGUCUCGCUGGUGAGCGAGUAUGGUUUGCGCAUCCGACUGCUGAAUGUGAGAUUAGAGAAUAUGUAUGGCACCGAGCAGCGCGAGGGCGUUGGCAUCGUGCCCAGUCGGGAGGGCCUGGAUGAGGAUUACUUCUAUGAGAUUUAG